AGCGGAGUCAGUGUUGCAGCGCACAGCGAGCGAAACGUAUCUCUCUGUGGGUCAGUGGGAGCAAUCCGAUGUGAACGCCGGCCGACUGCAUCGGCAAUUUGGCAUCGCACAGCUGCGCGUCGACUCGAGCUCCCGAUGGCGGCCGACGUGGCGGUGGACCAGCCGUCCCUCAGCCUGGACGCCAGCGGCUGCGUGUCCCUGCAGGACAUUCUGCUCGCGUUCAACGCGCCCAUCAGCGAGGAACACGCGUGGGCCCUGUGCUUCGAGUGUGUCAAAUGCUUCCAGAACGCGCUGCACGAACACGGAAAGUGUCUGAUCGUGUCCGAUCCUCAGCACAUCGUGCUGCACAAGGAUGGACAGGUGCACGUCCGCACCGUCCUGCCCGGCGACAAGGCGCAGGGCAAUGAUUCAACAGCAGGCGGCCGACCUUUCACCUCUUCGCAACAAAAGCUCACUUUCCACCUGGGCCUGACCAUUUUUAAAGCCCUAGAAUUUGGGUUUCAAGAGGAGGAAGAACGAAGACUGGGUGCUGACCUGGAGCGGCUCAUUGACCUCAUGACAACAGAGCCUGUUUCUGGCGAAGAUGCCUCGGAAAAGCCUGAGACGGACGACGAAGGCAUCGAGCAGGACUCGGGCGACGGCACCGACGAUGCCGCCGUCGCCAAAGUGCCGCCCUUUUCCUUCGAUUCGGGACCACUGCACACCAUCAUCACCAAAGUAAUCGAGCACUUCUGCGUACGACAGUCGAGUCAGCAGCGGGGCCAGACGGAGGCCCAUUACCGGGCCGUGUGUCGGGCCCUGGUGGCCGAAGCGCUGGAGCUCGCCUCCUUCCUCGAAAGGGUGUCGCAGGGCACCCAGAGCCUGCCGUGCAUGCAGGUCGACCCCGAGACGUGCCAUGACCUCGACCAGCUCAAGUUCACCGACUGGUCUGGCCGUAGGAUUUGGAGAGCUCUACAAGCUCGUUUAUGGAUGCAAGUGAUUCAAGAACUGAGAACUGGAGUACAACUGAAAAAAGUGCAAGCUGGUGGACCUUGCCUCAGGAAUCAUCCAACCAUCGAGUACGAAUUGACGCCGUAUGAGAUUUUGAUGGACGACAUCAGAGCCAAGAGGUACAAAUUAAAUAAGGUGAUGGUGGACGGAGAAAUCCCGCAAAAAGUCAAGCAGGACGCCCACGCUAUAAUACUCGAGUUCAUUCGGUCCAGGCCUCCGCUGCGCAAGGCAUCGGAGAGGAAGCUGGGCCCGGCCCCUGACAGGGCCCCUAGCCCUAGAGAGCUGCUGAUGGAGAGCAUCAAACAGGAGCACCGCCUGCGCCCCUCGUCCAGUCCCAUCAAGAGGCCGAAUCUUGUCAGAGUCGACACGUCGCCGCAGACCCUGCUGAAGGAGCCGACCCGAGAGCCCGAGGGCACGCCAAUGAGGAGGCUCAUCCAAGUGGAUUUCUCCAAGUUCCAGGAUGAGAUUGAAGAUGACGACGACGACCUCAUCUGCUCGCUUGACUCGCCGACGUCCCCCGCCGCCCCCGUCCCUGCCCCCCGAAGCAACGUCAACCCUUGGCGGAGAACAGACUCGACGGGCAGCACUUCCUCCUCAGCCGGAGGCCACCUGAAGCUGCGCUACGACCUGGGCGACCUGCUGGCCGGCAGUCGCGCCUCAGGUUUCAUUACGUCCUCGGAGCACCCUGACACCGCCAAACCGGAGGAGGAGGAGCAGCAGCAGCCGGAGCCGGCGCCCAGGGAGAGACCGGCCUCGCUUUUGCUCGAUUCUUAUGAUUUGGCCACUCAGUGUCCUAGCAGGAGAGCGACUCUCAGAAGAAGACACACUGUGGUCGGAACCAAAGACGAGAAGGCCGAAAAUGAAGUCAACGACGAGCUGCCUGCCAAAAGGUGCUCACACGCGUUUGAUGCUGAAAAAGGCGAAGAGGCCGAGGAGGACGACGAAACCAAGACGCACACCAGCCUCGGCUCGUGUGAGCUCAAUUGGUCUCGCUCUUCUCUGCAAGAUGAGCUGCUCCAGUCGUCGCACUGGCAGUCGGCGAUGGAGUGCCUGUCUCUGACGCUGGAGGAAAUCGUGCAUAUCCGCAGUGUACUGACCAAAGCCGAGCUUGACGGAUUGCCAGUCGAGGGCCGAAUCAAGGAGGAGGUUGAGAAGAGGAAGGUGUGCUUCCUGUGCAUGAAGACGCGCUUCAGUAUCUUCGGCCCGUGGGGCCAAAAGUGCAAACUGUGUCAGAGAACUGUGUGCAGCAAGUGUUGCGACAAGAUGAGAAUUCCCACCGAGCAUUUCUCCCGGGUGCCGGUGUUCGCCCUGUCGCCAGGUCUGUCUUCACCGGAGGGCAGCGACGACGGCUCGAGCUCCCCCACCUUCGGCCGAGCCCUGAUGAACAGGCUGCUGGCCGCUGCCCCGGCGGCGGCCGCGCCCGCCCCAGCCCCCAAGGCCCCCCAGCGCUUCAACAGCGUGGGCAGCGCCCCCACCUCGCCCACCCUGACGCGGCGCACAACCAGCACCAUCUCCGCCACCCCCACACAGCUCCAGUCGGACACGCCGCCACCCCUCAAGGUGGAGCUGGAGACCAUCAGCCCUGCCGAGGUCAACGGCCAGGAAGGCCCUGAGGAACAGCCGCAGUCCUUGCCUGUCCACGUGGACAAACCAACCCCAGCACAAAGGGGAUUCUUGAUGCGCUCGAAGACGCUCGGCCGACCGUCUGUAAUGGACAAGACGGCCGAGAAGCUGAAAGGGUUGCAGAUGAUUGUGUGUUUGGACUGCAAAACCAUGGUCCUGCAAAUCAUCAAGACGUCGCGCACAAGUCGCAACCAGGCCAUUAAAAACCUAUCACUCAGCAUUUCCCCUGUAUAUUGAUUAGAGACUGUCCCUGGUAUUUGUUAAGUUAAAUUAACUGUUAAGUCGAUCAUGUAAUGUUGUAUAAUAACGAUUAAAAUGGUAAUUAAUUGAUAAUUCGAUCUCCUUGCCACUUCAGGCUUUUUUUAUCAUGCAAAAAAUACACACAUAUGGGUGCAUUGAUGCUCCACAAUCAUCAUUUACAAAGAUUAGCCUACUGAUAGAAAACAGAGCUUUUCUCUUUCUACUCGUAUCCUAAUCUGCUAAAUCCUAUCAACGCGCAUAAUUAGAUUCUACUGAUUUAAUUACCAAGUUAUCUGAUGAUGAGCCUAAUCCUCUUGUUAACGCCUUUUCAUCCUCAUUUUGGUCGUAUCCUUUUAAUCAUUGGCAUAUAUCAUAUAUAAUAUCAUUUUCUGCCCCAAACUACUGAAAUGGAUAAAAUAAACAAAAAAAUACUACCUAAGUA